GUCUGGGCUGGGAAGCGUCGGUGGCGGCAGCAGCAGCCGGACGGCCAGGAGACAGGCAGGCAGUGAUCGGCGGAGGGAGACCUCUGCGACUGCAGCCCGGCAGUGGGGCAGCAGCAGGAGCGUCCCGCGUGCGCGCCCGCGGAGAGAAGCGCGCUGGGGAGCUGCCGCCGCCGCGUCCGCUCGGCGCCCUUAUGUUUCUGCGCGGGGUGGAUGCCUGCAGCUUAGGAAGCCCGCGGAGCCCACCGCGUCCCCCUGGCCCCGGCUAGCUGCGCCCUCCCGUCCUGCACUCGGCUGGGAUGAAGAACUUACUGAUCUUUCUCUUCUCUGCCUGCUGGACUUGGGGGCUGGUAAAUAGUAUUCAUCCAGAAUGCAGAUUACAGCUGGAGAUCCAUGAAGAGGAAAUAAAGUGUAUGGCAUUUUUAAAGAAUGAAGAAAAGGUGGAUUUUAAAGGAUGUCUUGGUGCCUGGGAUAACGUGACUUGUUGGCGCCCUGCAGAAAUUGGAGAGACUGUGACUGUUCCUUGUCCAAAAGCUUUUAGUCAUUUUUUCAGCAAACUAGGAAAUAUCAGUAAAAAUUGUACAAGUAAUGGCUGGUCAGAGAUAUUCCCAGAUGUCUUCUAUGCCUGUGGGUUUAAAGACGUUGACGAGGAUAGCACGAUUUUCUAUGUGCUUGUGCGAGCAAUUUAUACCCUUGGACACAGUGCAUCUCUCAUUGCUCUGACGACAGGAAGCAUAAUUCUUUGCCUGUUUAGGAAACUUCACUGCACUCGGAACUACGUGCAUUUGAAUUUGUUCCUGUCUUUCAUUCUAAGAGCAAUCUCUGUUUUAGUCAAAGAUGAGAUCCUCUAUUCCAAUACCAACACAGACCACUGCUCAGAGGACCAACCCUCCUGGGUCGGCUGCAAGGCUAGCUUGGUAUUUUUCCAGUACUGUGUAAUGGCCAACUUUUAUUGGCUCUUAGUUGAAGGACUUUAUCUCCACAUCCUCCUCACGGUCAUAUUCUCUCCUAACAGACACUUCACCGUAUAUCUCCUAAUUGGAUGGGGAGUCCCUACAGUAUUCAUUGUCAUGUGGAUAGUGUCUAGGGUCUACUUCGAAGACACGGGUUGCUGGGACACAAGUGAUCACAGUGGUCCUUGGUGGGUUAUAAGAUUACCAAUCCUAAUCUCCAUUUUAGUGAAUUUUAUACUUUUCAUUAGCAUUAUAAGAAUUUUACUACAAAAGCUGAGAUCACCUGAUGUGGGAGGCAAUGACCAGUCCCAGUACAAGAGGCUUGCAAAGUCAACACUGCUGCUGAUCCCACUGUUUGGCGUUCACUACAUGGUGUUUGCUGUCUUUCCUAUUCGCAUUUCUAAUAACUAUCAGAUCAUUUUCGAGUUGUGUCUGGGAUCUUUUCAGGGCCUGGUUGUUGCAGUUCUGUAUUGUUUUCUGAACAGUGAAGUACAAGGGGAAUUAAAAAGAAAAUGGCGGAGUUGGUGUUUGAACCAAAGAAUGGGCCGAGAUUACAGAGUUCACAGCUCUUCCAUUUCUCGGAAUGGCUCAGAAAGCAUCUCCCAAUUGCAUCGUAAUUCAACAACUCAGUUUUCUCUCCAGACAGAAACCUCAGUGAUAUAAGCCAUGUGAGUGGUUGCUAAAGACUAUGGGGCAUAUCACUGUGUGUAGCUCAGUCAGUGUGAUAUUUUCUAACUCGCAGACUUUGUAUUCUGUUCUGUCUACAUGUCAAGAAGGACACAGGGGUGGCCUACUGCAGUGCAAGGUGUGAUUUGAACUUAGCCCUAGUACUUCUUGUACUAAGUUUUAUCCCCAGGACACAGGAAGAGGCGCAUUGUACAUUCAUUUGCAUCAGUUGUCCUGCUUCAAGAGAUGUUGAUUCCAAUCUGAUAAUAAUUGGGAUUUACUAGCUUAUUCUUCUAGAUGUCCAUUGGGUAUAUUGUAAGUCAUCCAGAGUCUGAAUUAUUUGCAGACAGUGUUCACCCAUUAGUCACUGGCCUGGGUGAUGCCAAAUACCAUUAGGCCUGAACCCCUGCCUGACUUGCUGAUGCAGGUCAUGAUACUGAUGCAUGUUAAUCUUAGCCCAUAGUUGCCACUCCCUGAUGACAGCCUGUGGAGUUAUGCUUUGAAGUAUUAAGGACACUUUCAAAUUGUUUUCAGCGACACUUCUGAGAGGUGAAGCUGCAACAGGCAAUUCCUUCUGCCUUCCUUGAUAGAUCUUGUUUUCCAGACCCCGAACCACCUCCAUUGCCCUCCACUGAUCACUCACCUGACUCCUGGUAUGUUUGAGGUUUGCUGGAGUUCAGCUGCCUGUAUUGGUGCAGGAAAGGAAAUCAGUCAGACCACCCCACUGAUUCCCCUUGCUGCAUCGCCUCCCACAAUUCCGCACCAACCAUAGAAUCAGCCAAUUCACAGUGUAGCCUUUUCAGCAGUGGGCAUUUUAUUUUAUGCAUUAUUUUUCCCCUUAAGGAGAAAAUGCCAUCUCAGAGAGAAGGGAAAUUGAUAGACCCAAACAUUGUGCACACAUCCGACACAAAUCGCUUUUCCUGAAUCAUUAAUUCAGAGAGGUAUUGUGCAAUGUGUGUGUUAUAAACAAAACUGGUCAUCAUAUCAAAAAUGUUUUUUUGUAUAUUCCCCACCCCCAAAAUAAUUUGCAUAGUGCUAUGUAACAGCUUGUUUGGCACCUAAUAUUCAGCAUAUUGAAUUAUAAAUAUUAAUAGGCUAUGUAAAUACUCUUAGCAUAAUACCACUUUAUAUCUGUGUGCUGACUACAAAUACAGACCUAACGAAGCCGGGGGGGAAAUCUGACAUGAUCCCUUUUUAAUUACCAUAAAAGGCAUAAACUGAAUGGGACUAUUUUGUUUUAACCUUCUAUCCUUAUGCAGCCAUUGCAAAUGAAAAGACAGGAGGCUGACAGGUUCUUAGAAAUAUAAGCAUGCCAUGCCUUUUUAAAAAAAUCUUUUUUAAAAAGGCACAUGGCUGUGUUUACUUCUGUUGCCGCCUCUGACCAAGUUUUUUCUAAAUUAUAAAUGUGAAUGCUGCUGUACUCUUCCACAGUGCGUUUUUUAGCUCAUAAAUGGAAGUGUUACCAGAAUACUACAGGCAGCAAACAAAACGGAGAUAUGUAGAGAGCUGAUUUACAAUUCAAUUUAGACAGGGAGCUUAAACACCUUUAAGUACCGUAUUUUAAAUAGAAUAAGUUCUCAUAGACCCUAUUUAAACAUGGUUCAGGGGAUUAUGAAAGAUGUCAGGGCCAACUCUAGAACAACUGGUUUGGGAUAACAUUGGGAUGGCAAAGAACAUUAUUAGGGGAGCAAGGAUUUUGCUAUACAUUGAAGCUAUUCUCAUGAGCAGCGAAAACCGGGCUGGGUUUCCCUAGCCCGUUUUUUGCUGCUUGUGAGAACUUCUGGGAGACGUGUGGCUUAUGGCAGUGGCACGGCAGCGAGCCCUCUAAAGGUUAAGAGCCCUCUAAAGCCUGCUGCUUAACCUGGGUUUGGGGCACAAGCAUGCCCCCAAACUGGGCUGAUUGUGCAUCUGCUAUGGCUGCUUGCAGCAAGCAGCAAGCAACACUCGGGGGGGGGGAGGGCUCCCAGUAAAGCACCAUGUACUCGCACGGUGCAUUAUCGGGGCUCCGGGGGACAGGGUGCUGAAUGGCGGCGCUUCCCUGCACCUGACCCUGCACUCUUCCCUGCUCUGUACUGCCAGAAGACUGACAGUCUUCAGUGCAUCAUCAGCUGUCCCCUGACUGGCCAUGAUGGGGAAGGAGGUGGGGACCAGCUCUACUGAAGGCAUUGCUAGCAAAGGACAAUAGAGUGUGCUGUGCAGAGCAGCACAUUCACAGAUGCAGCACAUUCACAGAUGAAGCCCCUGUAGCCACAGCACUCUAUUACAAAUAUGGCGCUCGCUCCCAGAGAUUCCUAGAAAUGGCAAAUACACCCACACAACAACAACAAUUUAUAUACGGCUUUUCAACAAAAGUUUCCAAAGCGGUUUACAUAGAGAAAUAAUAAAUAAAUAAAGAUUAUUUAUUGACACAGCCAAUGCAUCGAGUAAAAAGGCUCCUAUUUUAAUCCUACCUUGGUUAAAAAAAAAAAAACAAAGUACAGAACCUGUGUGUGCACACCAUAAAUGCAAAAAGUGUGCUUCCAACCAGAACUGUCUCCUUUUGUCAAAAACAGCCACACAGGGAAGCAAACCCAGUUGGGACUCAAAUGCAUGGAAAAGGGAAGGUUUACGCUUUCCGUGCACCCUUCUUCCCUGCACCUUGCUGAAAAUUGUCCUGCUGAAGUGGUGACUUGUCCCUGAAGCAAGGAUUUCUGCUUUCUGCCUAUUGACCAUCUGCCGCAAAUGAAGUGGAGAUGUUACCUCCUUGAAAAUAUUCAUUGGUUAAAGGAUGUGUUGAUACGCUGCCCUUUGGGCUAAUCAAAACCUGAGCAAGGCUAGGGAAAACAUGCCAGUUCCUGGGGGGCCACUAGAGCAGGGGCAGGCUGUUGCCUUCAUCUCCGGCUUGUGGGAUUUCCAGAGACAUCUGGUGGGCCACUGUGGGAAACAGGAUGCUGGGCUAGAUAGGCCUUGGGUCUGAUCCAGCAGAGCUCUUCUCAGGUUCACCACCAUCCCUUACUCACCUUCAGAGUGGCCCUUCAGGUGAACAAGUUGCUGCCCAGGGAAAUGGAGGCUUACUUCCCUCUGCUGCCUUAAAGAAAACCUUUGUUUCCAUGAACAACGUGUUUUGCAAUCUUCACCAACUUUGGCCUCACAAUAGUCCUGGGAGUGUAGCUUGCCCAAUGCCACCUAAAAGGCUUCAUGGCAGAGCAAGAAUCUGAGCGAGUGUCUCACAACGAAAUGCUGUGCACAGCACUGAUGCAGGGUAGCCAUGUCGCUGUAGCUGAUUACGUUCCGGUGCCUGCUUUCCCCUUGGGUAACUCCAGUUUUAUGCCAGUUUUUCUCUCUUGAUGUCUAUCUAUUGCAAGGGCUGUUUAUGUUCUGCACCAAGAAAAUUCAGUGUUUGCACCAGGGCAACUCACAAGCUAAGCUCAAAAUAAGCCAUGCCCCCGCAAAAAAAAACACACACACCAAGUGUGCAACAGUUAAUUCUGUAUAAAUAUGCAAUGUUUCAGUGAGUUAAUGCUACCUUGUUGCAUCAUUGUCAUGUAGUUUACCCAGCAUAGACAGUGGGUUGGAGGUUGAAUUGCAUUUUGCGUGGUGUGAUUGUUUUUGGAUGCUUUAUCCCUCUCAAAACAUUCUGUAGGAGAGGUUAUUUGCCAAUGUGGACUAAUAGCAAUUAUGUCAAUGUUGUCCUGUAUUUUUAAAAAUUAGAUCCCUGUGUCAGGCUUCUGUGACCAUAUUAAGCUCGCAAACAUCCAGUGCUAAAAUACAGUAAUUUGACAGUAAUUCAAAUCAACCAGAUGUCAGUGGAGUUUGCUUCUAUAUAAAUAAGAUCAUUAUUUAAAAUGCCCAACCAUAGUCCAUUGCAUUUAAACGAAAUACAAUACAGUCAGAACAAAUGCAGUUAAGACAGCUGCCUAGCAAGAAAUGAUGAAUUAUAUAAAUCCCAUAAAAUCAACUUUCUUGAUUGCUUGAAAUAAAAUGAGCCUGUAGCUUUUUGGCUUUUCUAUAUAAAUGAACUUGGGAUCUCAACCCGAAUAAAACAUAUUUCUAGAGAGUCCUUUAUACAAUUUGGGGUCUACAUGUGGUUAGCAUUGGUACUGAAGCCUUCAUCUCCCCUGUUACUACUGGAUUCAAAUGGAUUCUGUGAGUACCAAAACUCCCCUUAUAUUACUGGGGCCAGCUGAAUAGACUUGGGUCUGACUUGUCUUGUCUUGGGGUGGUACUUUCAAAAGCUCAGGAUAUAUUUUAUGUAGGGUCAGGAGCCUGAGUAAAAGAUUAUGCCUAAAUUAGAGAGCAACCCAUCUCAUUGCUUGUGUAAGUUUGCUGUGUUCCUGAAUAUGCCCCACUAAGGAAGAAAAUGGAAUAACAAGUCCAAGUCAAUGGCUGACAUGUUGCGCAGUAUAUCACAGGUGAUUCUGCACUGCUUGCACUGCUGUGGGUGUCUAAAACAACGCUGACGCUGCUAUGCAAGAGCACUGUUGCACUAAUAUUAAAAUUGUGCAGUCUUUCUUGCAUAACACUACAGCGAUUAUUUCCAACAACUGUAGUGUCGCACAAGCACAAUAGCGCAAUUUUAUAUAUUAAUGCACUCUUGCGCAUCAGUACUGGUGUUUUAGAUGCAGAAGCACAGGUGAUACAGAGCCGCCUGCAAUACACUGCAUAUCGUGUCAAACACUGCCUCCUGCAAGAUGAAUUUAUUAAAUUAUGUUAUUUGAAUUAGCGUACACAGAGGAAUUUAUUCACAAAAAGAAUGUAUGUGUACCAAGAGAAUUUAUAGAAGAACAGGCUUUUCAAUAAGAACAAGCCUUGCUGAAAGAGAACCAGCAUGACUUCUGCAGGGGAAAGUCUUGCCUCACUAAUGUUUUGGAGUUCUUUGAGAGUAUCAACAGGCAUGUGGAUAAAGGUGAUCUGAUAUUGUAUAUCUGGACUUCCAAAAUGGAGGGAAGUAAGAAGUGGGAUCCCCCAAGGAUCUGUCCUGAGACCAGUGCUCUUUAACUUAUCCAUAAAUGAUCUAGAAGUUGGGGUAAGCAGUGAAGUGGCCAUAUUUGCAGAUGACACUAAACUAUUUAGAAAUCCACAACAGAUUGUGAGGAGCUCCAAAAGGAUCUCUCCAAACUGAGCGAGUGGGUGACAAAAUGGCAAAUGUGGUUCAGUGUGAGCAAGUAUAUAGUGAUGGGUAUUGGGCAAGGGGGAAAGCCAACAAAAAACCAACUUCACAUAUACACUGAUGGGGGUCUGAGCUGACUGACUGACUGACCAGGAGAGAGAUCUUGGGGUAGUAGUGGACAGGUCGUUGAAAGUGUCAAUUCAGUGUGCAGCAGCUGUGAAAAAGGCAAAUUCCAUGCUAGGGAUCAUUAGGAAGAGGAUUGGAAAUAAAAUGCUAAUGUUAUAAUGCCUUUAUACAAAUCUGUGGUGCUGCCACAUUUGGAGUACUGCAUGCAGUUAUAGCCCCUGUAUUUCAAGAAAGACAUUGUUGAACUGGAAAAGGUGCAGAAAAGGGCGACCAAGAUGAUCAGGGGCCUGGAGCAUCUUCCUUUUGAGGCAAGACUACAGCAUCUGGAGCUUUUUAGUUUGGAAAAGAAGCAACUACAGGGAGACAUGGUAGAGGUGUAUAAAAUUAUGCAUGGAGUAGAGAGAGUAGACAGAAAAUUUUCUCCCUCUCUCACAACACUAGAACCAGGGGUCAUCUCAUGAAACUGAAGGUUGGGAAAUUUAAGAUCAUCCAAAAGAGGUACUUUUUCACACAGCACAUAAUUAAUCGAUGGAAUUCUCUGCCAUGGGAUGAGGCCACUAGCUUGGCCACUAGUUUGGAUAGCUUUAAAAGGGGCUUAUACAAAUUCAUGGAGGACAGGUCUAUCAAUGGCUACUAGUCUGGUGGCUGUGGGCCACCUCCAUCAUCAGAGGCAAGAUGCCUCUACAUACCAGUUCCAGGGAGCAACAGAAGGUGAGAAGGCAUGCCCUCACCUCUUGCAGUGGGCUUCUCAGAGGCAUCUGGUGGGCCACUAUGUGAAACAGGAUGUUGGUCUAGAUAGGCCUUCGUCCUGAUCUAACAGGGCUGUUCUUAUAUUCUUAUUAGGGAUAUGCACAAAUCACAAUUUGCAGCAUGAUUUGCAGCACAUCCCGGCACCUUUGAAACAGAGGUGAUCAGGUGCAUACCUGCUCCUCUGCCUCUCGCUGCCACACACCGCUGGCACGCGAAGAUAGCUGGGGGAAGCACUGCUGAUACUGGUAGUGGCAGCAAGGAGCAGGUAUGCACCUGCUUUCUUCUAUUUUAAAAGUGCCUGAGAUGUUCUGCACAUCAUGCUUCGAAUUCUGAUUCAAACAUCCCUAGUUCUUAUUAAUAACUCAGGUUGUAAAUGAAGUCACAAGUUACUGUGGCGUUUGAUCAUUGGCUAACAAAGGAUAAUUUUAAUCAGCAAUGUUUAAAACCCAUUUCUCUAAUUCAAGGUUUAGGGUUUCACAGGAGCAGCUUCAUAGUGGAACAAAAGCCCAAAUUCAGACAUUAUGCAGUACAAGUGUACAGUUGUCUGUGCACUCAUUUCUUUGUCUGAGUGAAUGACUGCAUGUGGGUUCAUUUUAAAAGUGAACCUGGAUACAGGCGCUUCAAAUGCAUGGUACAGAUAGGAAGUGUACCGCUGUACCUGCAUUCAACAUAACAUGUGAAUCAUUUUGUGUACAGAUCUGUACCUGUGUACAGUGUACCCUUGUUCGAUUAUUGGACAGAACGUGUGAAUGGGGCCUUUUGUCAAAGUCAUGUUUUUCCAAGUGUGGAAUCUCCGACAGCUUUGACAAACAACCGUACCGUCAGUCUAUUUUAUUAGCUAAUACUAAAUCCAUAUUCCAGUGGCACAGAUUCUUACAAUAUGUAUUUAACCAUAUGCCUCUUACUUUGCCAGUAAAUACAAUGGCUUAUUCAUUAGAAUUAGGCAUAAUGGUACAUGGCAUAAAAGCUUUUAAAAGUAAUUAGGCUGAUAAUUAUUCAUACGGAACGGCUGUACCUCUUUCUGUUAUGAACUGAAUUUAAUAUGCCUUCCGAUGUUUUUGGCAACACAUUCUCAUAAGAAAGAGUCAUUAAGGUGUUCUGUUUGGUUUCCUACCAUUCGUCUUUCUUUUAAUUUGUCAAGCACAGUAAAUUGUGAUGUAAAUAAAUCUGGUUUUUUUAAAAAAUAAAACAAAAUGUACAGAUUUAUGAUGUUGUAUAGGUAGAUGUGUGUAAAUAGACUGGCUUUUCAUAUUUGUAAGAUCGCAUUUGUAUCUCCUGUUUCUUUUCUUUAAUCUAUAAAAUAUUCUAUAAAAC